AUGAGGAGCUGCAGGGCGGCGCUGCGGCGCCUUUCGGCGUUUCUGGAGACCACGGCAGCGGAAAAUCGGCAUAAAUCGGCUUCUGGGAAGGCUCCGGCGGCCCUGAGUGAGCACCACCCGACUGCGCCCGCCCUGUCGCCAUGCGUCGGGCGGCGUAUCAAGUCGUACCGCGUCCUGGACGCAUGGUACCGUCGCGGAUACGGCACCGCACGCGACAGAUCGAGCGGCCGGUCGCGGAGCCGGAACGGGGCCAGGGGACGCACAUGCACCAACAGGCGACCCUCCGACAGCUCCGCGGCGCCGCGGGGCCGGUCACCGCGCGGCCCGCUCGGGCGCUCGCCCGCGGCCUCCUCCGCGCGCGAGCCCGCGGACAAACAACGUCACGGCGUUGCAGACGUGAGAAAAGGGCAGCCGCGGCUGGGGCGCAUGCGCCGAGCGCCGUCGACCCCGCCGAGCGGCUGGCCGGGCGCGGCCGCGGGCCCCGAGGACUGGCUGGCCGGGGCCGGGGAGGCCGAGGACGAGGAGCCGGAAUGGAAGACGCAGGCCGCCGCAACCGCGCCGCGACCGACGCAGCGGCGGUCGCGCAGGGAGGCGGAGGCGGCGGCGGCUGCAUCGCGGCCGCCGACGGAGCUGCCGGAGGGCUGGCCGUCGUUCGAGGAGCUCGACGCGGAGGACCGGCGGCGGCCGGAGCUGUCGCAGCGGGAGACGGAGUGGCUGGUACAGAGCGGGCGACAGCUGGCGGCGAAAGGGUGGGCUCGCGACCAGGCGAUCGCGCUGUACGUGAGCUCGGCGCUCUUCGUGCGCGCGACACAGGGCUUCACGGCGUGGCUCGCCGAGACCGGCACCGCCAAGAUGGCCGCGGACCUCGCGGCGAUGCCCUCGCGCAGGAGCCGCGUGAAGGUGUUGUUCCCAUUGUUUGCUAGGUACGUGGUCAGCCGCCACCAAGCCGAGAUCGCGGCCUACCGCGAGCUCGUCCUUACGGCGGACAUGACCAAGCCGCACCUGUGGUACCCGUCCGCGCGCGCGAUCCUGCGCCGCAUCACGUACCACGCGGGCCCGACGAACUCUGGCAAAACACACCAGGCGCUGGAGGCGCUGGCGGGGGCUGAGUCGGGGGUGUUUCUGGCGCCACUGCGGCUGCUGGCGGCCGAGGGCCGCGACGCGCUCGUCCGGCGCGGCGUGCGCUGCGGGCUCCUCACGGGAGAGGAGGUGGAGGAUGUCGAGGGGUCGACGCACCUGUCGUGCACGGUCGAGAUGGCCCCGACAGACAGGAUGUUCGACGUGGCGGUGAUUGACGAAAUACAAAUGAUCGGAGACGGCCAGAGGGGGUGGGCCUGGACGCGCGCGCUGCUGGGCGUCAUGGCGAGCGAGAUCCACGUCUGCGGCGACGAGUCCUGCCUCGCGCUGUUGCAGAACAUCGCGAAAGAGCUCGACGAAGAACUGACAGUAAAAAAAUACCAGCGGCGCACGGAGCUGAUCGCAGACGACCAGCCGCUGCGGUCGCUCGCGGACGUGCAGGCGGGCGACUGCGUGGUGGCGUUCAGCCGCGCCGCGAUCUACAAGCGGGCCGCGGCGAUCCAGCGCGACGCGCGGCGCCGCGUGUGCGUCGUGUACGGCGCGCUGCCGCCGGACGCGCGGCGGUUCCAGGCCAAGCUGUUCAGCAACGAGGGGAACGGGUGGGACGUGCUCGUCGCGAGCGACGCCAUCGGCAUGGGCCUGAACCUCCCGACGCUGCGGCGCAUUAUUUUCUCCACCACCGAAAAGUACGACGCAGAGACGGGAGAGGUCGCGCCGCUCUCCGUGAGCGCGGUCAAGCAGAUCGCCGGCCGCGCAGGCUGCCGCGGCACGCGCCACGAAGGCCCCGGCCGCGUCACCGCCCUCUCGCACAACGACCUCGCGCACAUUCGCGCCUGUCUCGCCGUGCCGCCGUCCGACAUGAUCACCCCGCGCGCGGGCCUCCGGCCGGAAUUCGAGCAGAUCGAAGCGUUUGCGAGUCAGCUCCCCGGCGACACGCGCUUCUCGUCGGUCCUCAGGCGCUUCGAGACGGAAACCGCGAUCGACGGCGGGCGCUACUUCGUAUGCAACAGCGAAACGGAGCUGCUGCUGGCGCGCGGGCUGGAUCGCAUUCGCGGGCUGAGUCUGUCGGACUGCUACCGGUUCAGCACGGCGCCGGUGUCGCUGCGCGACGACUACGUCGUCGACGCGUUCUGGGCCUUUGCGCGGGCGUACGCUGAAGGCGGCCCCGUGCCGCUCGCAAUCGACCUCUCGGAUCCGGUGGCGAUGAAUCAGGGACCCGUGGGGUUGAGUCGGCUGGAGGCGAUGCACAAGGUGUGUUCGCUGUGGAUGUGGUUGCGCAACCGGUUCGGCGACGACGCGUUCCCCGGGCUCGUCGAGGCGGAGGGGACUCUCGCGGAGGUAGAACACAGGCUGCGCGAGGGGCUGGUGCGCGUCGGCGGGCCGAAGACGGCGAACCUGAGCGGGCCGGGGCGGCACCCGCACGUGGCCAACACGCCGCGCACGCGCACGCAACGCAACCGGGAGGCGCGGCGAGCGCGCAAGGCGGAGGUGGGGUCCGAGGGUUGA